AUGUAUGAUGAUGAUGAUGGUGUUGGCGGUGAUGAUGAUGAUGAUGAUGAUGGCGACGACUAUCAUCCUAUACUCAUCUCUCUCAAUCUGUUCAUAUCUACUCCAGUAUGUUCAUUAACACAGUCAGUACUCAUCUCCCUCAAUCUGUCCAUAUCUACUACAGUAUUUUCAUCACCUCAGUCUAAAAUCUCCCUUAAUCUGUCCAUAUCUACUGCAGUAUGUUCAUUACCUCAGCCUGUACUGAUGUCCCUCAAUCUGUCCAUAUCUACUCAAGUAUGUUCAUUAACUCAACCUAUACUCAUCUCCCUCAAUCUGUCCAUAUCUACUACAGUAUAUUCAUCACCUCAGCCUAUACUCAUCUCCCUCAAUCUGUCCAUAUCUACUACAGUAUAUUCAUUACCUCAGCCUAUAUUCAUCUCCCUCAAUGUCCAUAUCUACUACAGUAUGCUCAUUACGACAGUCUAUACUCAUCUCCCUCAACGUGUCCAUAUCUACUACAGUAUGUUCAUUACCUCAGCCUAUACUCAUCUUCCUCAACCUGUCCAUAUCUACUACAGUGUGUUCAUUAACUCAGCCUAUACUCAUCUCCCUCAAUCUGUCCAUAUCUACUACAGUAUGUUCAUUAUUUUAGCCUAUACUCAUCUCCCUCAAUCUGUUCAUAUCUACUCCAGUAUUUUCAUUACCUCAGUCUGUACUCAUCUCCCUCAAUCAGUCCAUAUCUACUACAGUAUGUUCAUUACUUCAACCUAUACUCAUCUCUCUCAAUCUGUUCAUAUCUACUCCAUAUGUUCAUUACCUCAGUCUGUACUCGUCUCCUUCAAUCUGUCCAUAUCAACUACAGUAUGUUCAUUACCUCGGCCUGUACUCAUCUCCCGCAAUCUGCCCAUAUCUACUAUAGUAUGUUCAUUACUUCAGUCUGUACUCAUCUUCCUCAAUCUGUCCAUAUCUACUAUAGAAUGUUCAUUACCUCAGUCUGUAAUCAUCUCCCUCAAUCUGUCCAUAUCUACUCCAGUGUUUUCAUUACCUCAGCCUAUAUCUGUACUCAUCUACCUCAAUAUCUACAUAUCUACUACAGUAUUUUCAUUACCUCAGUCUGUACGCAUCUCCCUCAAUCUGUCCAUAUAUACUCAAGUACGUUCAUUACCUCAAUCUGUACUCAUUUUCCUCAAUCUGUCCAUAUCUACUACAGUAUAUUUAUUACCUCAGUCUGUACUCAUCUCCCUCAAUCUGUUCAUAUCUACUCCAGUAUGUUCAUUACCUCAACCUAUACUAAUCUCCCUCACUUUGUUCAUAUCUAUGUUAUCCUCAUCAUAUCUGCUAUGGUCUGAUAAUAUCUACCUAAACCCAUUCCUAUCUACCUCCACCUAUUCAUAUCCAGCGCACCUGUUUCUAUAUAAAUAUUCCUGUUCUUAUCUACUUCAACCUAUUAAUAUCCACCUCAGUAUGUUCCUACUUACCUACACUAGUUUCUAUCUACCUCAGCCUAUUCAUAUAUAUCUCAAUCUAUUCACAUUUACGUCAGUCCCUUCAUACCAUAUCAUAACAUCUGUUCAUAUCUGCCCCACUCUGUUCCUAUCUAUGUCCGACUAUUACAAUCUAUCUAUCUAUCUAUCUAUCUAUCUUUGUCUUUUCACGCCUAUCCGGUGUAUAUCUGUAAUUACUGUAUAG